CGUUUUGUUCGCACGUUCGCAUCCACGCGCCGGUUCACGCUCGGCAUGCCGUCCGCGCGGCGACGCCGCGCCUCCGCUCGGGAUCCGCGCGCGCGUAUGUAUGUGUGAUGUGUGUGUGUGUGUGUGUGUAUAUAUAUAUAUAUAUAUGUGUGCUUCAUCUAAGGAGGGAGAAAAGAGAGAGAGUGAAAUAGAUAGAUUAACGCGUGAGAAAGAAAGCUCCAUCCGUCCUGAAGGCGAAAGGUGGCUUCCUUCGGGACGGGUCAUCUCGCGAUCGGGUGGCUUUGUCAUCCGGGUACCGUCGUCGUCAUUGCCGCCGCCACUAGUCAUCGUCGUCGCCGUCGCUGCUACCGUCGCCGCUAUCGUCGCCGUUGCCGCGCCAUUCGGCACUCCGGCGUCGCGACGCCACCAUCGUACUCUGUCGACGCCACGUCCCCGAGGACGCGAUACGUCUCACUUUCUCUAUAACCUCCAACGUUAUAACCUAUAUAAUUAUAACCUCAGGCUCACCCGCGUCGGAGACGCAGCGCGGCCGAAUUCGGGCCGAUCGCGCCGCUGCGGUCGAUGCGAUUAUCGUUUGUCCCGCAACGACGAUGACGACGGACGGCGCAGGAGGGAGAGAGAUUGGCCGCCUAUAAUGAUAAUUAUUCGUCGUGGUGUUCAGCUCGUUCGGCGUACCGCUCGUGAAUCGGUUCGAGAUGAAUCGCCGUGUUCUCGCGCCUUGAGGAACGAACGUGACCGCGAAACGACGCAUGCGACUUUUCGACGACGGCCCGCCGCGUGAUGUAAUCUCGGAUCCGCGAAGGAUCAUUCGCGUGCGCGUGUAAUAAACUCGAUCCUGAGACCGAUCAUCGGGGACAUUCCCGUUUUAGCAAUGUCGGACAUUCGCGCGAUAAGAACGUCUGAUUCGCUCGCAAACAUCGAACGAUAGACAAAUUGUCGUGGAUGUCUCAUUAACGUGUGAAUUCACGAGAUUUCACAACUCAGCUACACGAGCUUGUCUAUUAAUCUCGUAUACUGCAGUGAUUUCAGUGAUCAAGUAGUUUAAAAGCUGUACAAGAUGGACGUCACUGGGGAUCUAAACUUACAAUGGGUGGGAGAUGUGGAGCUUCACGAGGAGGUGAUAUGCGGCCUAGAAGCUCAGCUGGUCGCAUCGGAGGAGGAGGUGAUUGGCGCCUGCGAGGAGGUCGCAGUGGAAGAAACUGUCGAAUCCAUCCCUGAUGUGGUACCUACUACCGAGUCAGAGAUACUGAUGGUGCCACAAUCAAAUGACAUGGAAUCGAUUUAUAUUGUGCCUCAAGAUCAGGGGCACGAUUAUUUAAAUAUACAGGUCACUGAAGAAGUGAUAGCUGAUAAUUGGGACAGACCUGGUACAGAUGAUGGGGUCGAGAUUCCAGAAACAAAAGUGACACAUGAUAAUCUGUUAGAAUAUGAUGACAUGGAGAUACCAUUGCCGAUCGAUCAAGAUUCGUAUCAGAACGCCCGACCAUAUCCGUGCGAUUUCUGCAGUCGUAGGUUCCGGAAGAAGGCAAAUCUGAUGAACCACAUUGUGGCGCAUCAGACAGACCGACCAUAUGGCUGCAAUCUAUGUGGGGUUCGUUAUAUGCGUAAGUGUGAUCUGAACAAUCACUUAAAGGUCCACGCAUAUGCACCACCAUCGCAGGAUGGUCUUGAAGAUGAUCUGAACGACGAGGAUUCGCUAAUGGCUGAAGAAGAGGAUGUAUCUACAACUGGCAACAAGGGUAGACGUAAGAAGGUGCAAUCGAGUGCGCCGCGCAAGCGGAAGAGCAAUGCUGCUGCCAAUGUAUCAAAACGCAACACCGAGGACAUCAAGAUCGAGAUGGGCAAUGGCAAUUAUGCGUCUAGCUCGAGGUGGCAAAUGGAGGAGAUAUCUGUCACUGGCAGGCAACAGACGCAACAGUGGCCCAUUACUGAUCCGACAAAGCCUUAUGUUUGUCAAACAUGUGGCAUUGGAUUUGCUAGAGAGAAGGCACUGGCUUCGCAUGCACGCAUUCACGGUGGUGAUAGUCCGUUCGAAUGUACUUCGUGCAGCGAAAUGUUCUGGGACGUCAACAGUCUGCGGGAACAUGUACGCGUCAAACACGGCGGCACCAUACCCCAGCAGACAUCUGACGCCGAGGAAUAUGACAAUGACGCCACUUACACAGGCGACAGCGAGAGAGUCGGCGAGUUCUAUUGCAAUACUUGUGCGGUACCAUUUCAUCGUUUGGAUCUACUUAAACGCCAUCAAAAAAUUCACAUAAAACCGGAGAUGGAUACAAUGGAAAGUUCCAGUCAACAUCACAUGUGCAAUGUUUGCGGAGAAGAAUUCGAGGAAGCUCUAGCAUUGUUGGCACACGCGGAACUUCAUGCUUCAAGAUCUCCUAGUCGUUGUUGUCUACUAUGUGGGGCGAGAUGUCGCGACGAAGCAGAAGUUGCAGAUCACCUACGACAAAAUCAUCAAGACGCACCGCCGAACACGUGUACAAUGUGCGGAAAAACCUGCAAGGACAAACGCAGUUUAGUGAAGCACUUGUGGAUACACAAUGUUGACAAGACUUUUGUUUGUACAAAGUGUGGAAAACGUUUCCAUAGUAAAGCUAGAUUACGAAGACAUAUGGUAUCACAUCGCAACAAGAUGGUAGCUUGCGAUGAAUGCGGCGAAGAAUUUCCCGAUGGACGAGCUCUGGUGAGCCAUCGUCAUUCCCAUAACAGGGAGUUAGGCGGUCGAUCUUUCCCGUGUCGCGAAUGUGGGAAAACUUUCGGUAGUCGUAGUUCUCAGCAAAUUCAUAUACGUAUUCAUACCGGCGAAAGACCCUAUGGUUGUCGAUUUUGUUGGAAAGCUUUCGCAGAUGGUGGUACUCUGAGAAAACACGAGCGCAUUCAUACCGGCGAGAAACCAUAUGGAUGCGCGAUCUGUCCUCGGGCGUUCAAUCAAAGAGUCGUACUCCGAGAACAUGUGCGCGCUCAUCAUUCUGGUCCAGAUCCGAAAUGUGUGGGUAGCGCAACGCCGUACUUGUGUAAGGUGUGUGGCAUGUCAUGUGGCACAUCUGAAGAAAUAGUGGCACAUAUAGUGCAACACUGCGAUGACAAUACUGCAUUAAAACGUCAACCACAGUCUGGACCGCGCAAAUACAAGAGAAGACGCAAGACGAAGCCUCUUGAGACGAAUACAGUGGUACGCAGAAAUGAGUUUGGGUUUGACAUUAUGGAAAAUAGUGGAGGUAUCACUGGUGGUGCUAUUGUUAGUAAUACCAGUGGUAUUGGCGGUAGUAGUGGUGUCGGUGGAGGUGGUACUGCCACUGGUGGCUCGGACUCGGAAGAUAACACAAAGCGGAAACUUGGCAAGAAGAACAAGCAACGAUCGAAUGUCGAAGAGGGCUAUCAGAAUGUACUGAAAAGCUUUGAGAGUUCUCUACAGAACAUAAACUCGAUUGUGAGCAACUCCAAAUUGAAUGCAUCCAAGUCGAAACUUUCGAAGAAGAAAUUACGCAAGGAAGAAAAGAAACAGGAAGCACAAGCAUCAAACCAAUCAGGUCGGCCAAAAAUGAUUCAUACACAGAAGACACGUGUACCAGUGGAAGUGGGCAGCGAUGGCGCGAAGAAGGGUCAAAAGACCAAGACUAUGGUGACGCGGACGCCGAAAGUCAUGCCGAACGAGCACAAGUCCGGCAUUUUUCCAGGUGGCGAACGGAAUCGACCUCGCACAAAAAAUGUCAGUUAUCAUAUUGAAGGUAAAUCACAACUUACGCCAGCGAUGUUCCCGACAAAAUCGACAAAGGAAGAUACGAUGUCGGCACAACAACAAUUAUUAACGAAUAUUAAACAAGAACCAAGUAUGCCGAAAACCGCCGAUAGUCACAGGAACAAUAAUGGUAAUAUCCUUGCUCUCGGCAAAAGUCAAGAGUCAAGCAAGAAGAAAUCAACGACUAAUUUAAAGAGAACCAGGAGGCAGAGACAUACGAUAGUGAAGCAGGAAUUAAACACGUCGAUUAUGCCAGAUGUACAAGAGCAACAGCAGGAGCAAUUACAAUUACGUAAUAAUAAUAACAAUAAUAAUACCAUGGAGGACAGUAACGACCAGGUGCGAUUGAUGGAGCAUGCGGUGGAUGGCAGCAACUUAGAAGUUGCCUUUGAAGCAAGCGUUAUUACCGCUCAAGACGAAGAUGAAGAAGAAAGCAUAUUGCCACACGACGCUAUACAGGAGAUGAGCAAUGGGGACAACAAUGUUAAGCUUAGUGUCAAGGUGGAAUCCGCACCGCAAAGCAGGAUGCUCGCCGUACACAGUGUCAUCGCUCCGGUGGACGAUGUUCCGGAAACGAUAAUACCGGACAGGAUUGAAUACACAUGCGAGAUGUGCGCCGCGGUAUUCUCCAGCCGUGCCGAAUUACUGGUACAUGUACCAAUACACAUUUGAUUUAAUAAUUUGUCCGAGCCGAUGAGCGGCGCGGAGGUUUGUUCUACUUCUUUAAGCAUACUUCUUGUUUAAUUGAAUCGCAUAGUUUAUCACGGAUGAAGUUUGUUGUUUUACAGGAGGCAACGAUCGUUGAGUCCCCUCCACCCAUCAACAUUAUUGCUAUUUUCAUCGCUCACUCUUUCUCUUCUUUUCUCGAUACUUUCCGUGUUCUCAGAUUCUCUAUUAAACAUCACAAUUUCAUUAACUAUUUGUAGCUCUAUUAGACACACUCAGAUUUUCAUGUUACUUGUAUUAAAGAAUUUGUUGGCCGUCUUUUAGUUCAAUUAGCAUCAUGCGGGAAUUCUUUGUAUUAUAUCAUGACUCGAGUUUCACCUUUUUCUGACAUUUGAAAUAUAUAUGAAUAUGUUUGAAUAUGAAUGAAUGAAACUAUUAAUGUGUGUGAUAGAUCAGAAAUUUACAAUGUUCUAUACUAUGAUAUAUAUGUAUAUAUACAUUAAUAUAUACAAUUGUAUAUAUUACACAUAUGUAUGUAUAUAUCGUAGUAUAUGUAUUUAUCAUAAUUAUAUAAUAUAUAAAUGAAAACUUUUAUUUUAUAUUGCACCCGAAGCGCGCGGUUCAUUACUGCGUCCCUUUUGUACCGUUCGAAAUCUGAUCUAGAAUUUGUAUUAAUAAUGAUGAAACGUGAUACAAAUGGCGAAAUCGUAGUUUUACAAUUUUCUACUUAGAGAAGUACUACGACACGCGCUUGAUUGAAGAAUAAGAUAUAAGGUAAAUACGAUAAACCGUAUAAUUUUUUUAUAUUCAAUUCAGUGUAAAAAUAAAAUGGAAAAAGGGGUUCUAAACAUGCGAGUGUGCUUCGUAAUUACGUUUUAAAAUAUAAUUACUUAUUCUCGUAAUUCUUAUUUGAUUUGUGGAAUUUCUCUUUUGCUUCUUUGAAUUAAUUGAACAAAGGCACGGAGUGUUGAAUUAUCACAAGCGAUUUUUAUUUUAACACUUUCGAUCAAUAGCGUUUACGGCUUUUGCAGUGGAUCUCGAUUCGGAUUAUGUCAUCAUGCAUUUCAUUGCGAGAUGGACGUAGAAUACGAACGAAAGGAUGCUUGGAAAAAAGAAUAAACAAAAUACUAUGCACUAUGACAGUAUUAAUUCAAAUCAAAAUCCACUGUAAUCAGAAACGCUAUAAGAUUAUGCCUGUGUGUGUCGUGAAAUCUUUAUUUGUAACAAAAAGUAUAUAUUUGUUAUUCUAUUAAUCCAAUUUUUGUUACUUUGGAAAAAAGAAGAGUAAAAUUUAAUUCAAGAGAAUAUUUGCGACGAGAAAAGGGAUGUUAAAAUAAAUAUAUUUCAAUAUAAUAUUGAGACGAUAUGUAAAUGCAUGAAAUAUUGAAUUUAUUAUGAUGAUUUGUAAGAAUCAUUAAAGAUUUCGACAAUUAAAAAAAAAGCUUAACAGAAUAACUGUACAGCAUUGUACGUAGGAUAUAUUUUGUGUAAAUGUCAAUUUCUACUUGUAAUACGCAAUUUUAGUAUAUGUUUCGGCAGUGACUGUAUAGUCAUCUCGUUGGAAUCAGUUUAUUGAAUGAAAUAUGACUCUGCACAUUAAUGCACAAUUAUGAUAUUAUUGUACGUACAAUUUUAUGAACAAAGAAAGAGAAAGAAAA